UUACAACGUUGAAGUCUGCUUGAAUUAAAACAAAAGACACGACAAUAAUCCUCUAUAAUCAAUCUCCAGGUUUCAUCUUUUCAAUGUCGUCCAUGGAUUGUUUAAGCCACUUCUUUAACUGGGAUCAACCUAUCCAGCUCCAGGAUUGCUUUAUUCCAGACAUGGAUAUGAUUAUCCCAGAAACCGACAGUUUCUACUUCCAAUCUCAACCGCAAAUGCAGUUUGAUCGGCCAUUGUUUCAAGAAGAAGCUCCUUCACAGAGCUUGUUAGAGCUCACUCACUUUGACGCUUUCUGCGACCAGUUGCUUCCUCCACAAGAAAUCUUUCUUCCUUACCCUAAAGCUGAAACAUUCGACGAGUCACACAACAUGGAUUCCUUCCUUCCCACGUCAAAACGCCAGAAACUCUUUAACUCAAGCUACCAUUGUAACACUCACAACCAUUUCCCAAGUCCUAACCUUGAGUACGUUCCAGAAGCUUCCAUCUUCCCGGAGUUUAUGGUUCCGGAUUUCCCCUUAGCGUUCGAGGCAGGUCGAGGAGAUCAAGAAGGCACCAAGAGACCAACGCUUUCAUCUCAGAGCAUCGCGGCUCGAGAGAGGAGAAGAAGAAUUGCGGACAAGACUCAGGAGCUCACGAAACUCAUUCCCGGUGGUCAGAAACUUAACACCGCCGAGAUGUUCCAAGCCGCCGCUAAGUAUGUCAAGUUCUUGCAAAGCCAAGUUGGGAUUCUCCAAAUGAUGCAGACCACAAAGAAGAGGCAGGGUAUCUCUGAUGCGGAAAUAGAAACUAAAGUUUUGCUUGGAUCACAAGCAAUCCAGGAGAAGCUAUCAACGGAGGAAGUAUGUUUGGUUCCGUGCGAAAUGGUUCGAGAGCUAACAAGUGAAGAAUCUAGUUGGAGAAACCCUAAGAUUUCUGGAGAGAUCACCAAGUUACUGUCUACAGAUCUGGCUAAUUAGUUUUAGUUUCAACUUUCAAGCCUGAAAAUCUCAAAGUCUCAGUGCCCAUAUUUGUCUAUGUUCUUGCUUUUAUUUGUGUUCUUAGUUUGUGUUUUGUAUUGAUGGUUAGUGGCUAAUUAUCCUGGUUAAUCUCCUCUUAACUAGGGACUAAUACUUUGUUUGUAUUAGUCUUAUGUAUUAGGCAUUAGCUAUCGUCUAGUUGUCCAUGUAUUUUAGCUAUCGUCUGACAUUUUCUGAUCUAGUUAGCUAAUUUAUUCCCGCAUGUUGAUUUUUACAAUAAAGAUGUUCGUUUGGUUGCCGCAGGUACCGGCGGCAGCGGCAGCGUCAACAUUCUGCGUCAACUCUUGUUCGUUUCGUUGACGCAGGAAGCUGCGUCCUGCGGCUGACGCCGAUAAAAUCUGCGGUCGCGAAAUAAAACCUGCGGCCAAUAACGUAAUUUAUUAUUUUACCUUUAACAUAAUUCAUUAUUUACAAAAAUCUGCUUUCUGCGGUAGUGUUGGCGUCGACUUCAACUUCCUGCGUCAACUUCAACUUCAACUUCUUGCGUCUUCCAAACGAACAAUAAUUUGUGGCAGCGUCAGCGUCUGCAAAACGAACAACAACUGUCCUCAUUAACGCUGCCGACGCAGACGCCGCCGCUGACACCAAAACCUGCGGCAACCAAACGAAACCAAACGAACAGGGCUAUUUAACAAAAAUAACACUUUUGGGGGCUUUAUUCCUUUGUGGGUUUUAUGUAUAAAGCCCGAACAACCAUACUAAACAAACUCUGAUCCAAUCCACGGUACGGUGGGCCGUCGAGUGAUUGACGCCUAAAAUUUGGGAUUUUCUAGUUUAAUAUUUGUAAUUUUUACAUAAUCAUAUAUGUGUUGACUUAUAAGAAAUACAUAAAACACAGAAACAUAUGAGGGAGUUAAUUUCUGGUAAAGGUAAAAAACAAAAAGUUAAAUUAGAUGUGUAUAGAUUUGAUCAGAAAAAGAGAUUAGAUGUGUAUAUAUUUGAUCAGAAAAAAAAAGAUUAGAUGUGUGUAUAUAUUUGAUUGAGGAAUAUCGUUACGGUCUCGUUAGAGAAUUCAUCAUUGCUUUUACGAAUAAAAAUAUCAUCAAUAUUGACAUACACAUCAAUCUUAUCCUAUUACUUUCUUCGCCAGAAUGUUAUUCUGUCGGUAUAUAUAUAAUUUACUAAUUAUUCAUAAUUUAAUUAUGGAAAUCCUUUAAUUAUAUAUAUUUUGGAGGGAUUAGUCUUGUAGUUAUUAGUAAACUAUCUUUAUCACUGGCUUAUUCUUCUUUUUAGGAUUUAAGGUUUUAACUUAGCUAGCUAGUCUAAAGAACUUUCUUGAUGCGACUUAAACCACUAUAUUUGAUCAAUUAUCAUAAACAUUCUCAACUUAAUUUAUAUAACUAAACUGCCCCAUAAUUAUACCCAUGUAAAAUGGUAAUCAUUUUCAUUAAUAUAUAAAAAAGGUGACGCCAAAUAGUUUCAUCCACAAGCCUAUUUUCCCACUAAAAUUUUCGUCCAAGUAUCAUAUUGGCCUCCCAUUAUUCUCUGUCCCAUCGUGAGAGAAUAAAAAUUAAAAACCAUAUAGAAAAGUAAAUAUUAUGAUAAUUAAACGUGUUAUAUUCGACUGUUCUUUUCUCCAUGCCCCUCAUCAAAUCAAACACCUUUUACAAAUAUAUUAUUUUUUGAACUUGUGAUGCAACUUUUCUUUCUAUCAAUCAGAGUCCGAUGGAUUUGACAAAUCUUAAGGUCACUAUUUCCAGAAUAAUUUUGAUCAAAAGUUGAGAUCCACACACUCAUAAUCUUUUUAAUCUAGCGGUGAUUUAACUUUUCAUGAUUAUUUAAUUUCAGUAAAGUAUGUGUGACACAGACGUAAAAACGGAGUGUUAAUAUUAAACUUUUUUUUUGGGUAAGAUGUUAAAUGUUAAUAUUAAACUUUCUUGGGAAUAUUUGGAUUUUAUAUAUUUUUUAUGAGUCGAAAAUUUAGUUUUAUUGUUUUAUUUCAUCAUUUUUUCAGACACGGACAUUAUGCCACUGUACACGUGAAAUAGUUGACUGUAAAUGCAAUCCGUAAUAAUCAAAGUUCGCUUCAGUAUCGUGAUGGGUCUUUUUAAACAAUGUAAUUUGUUAUUCUAUACGAUGCAGCUUUUGUUUCCAGUUUUUUUUUAUAACCGAAUAUUCUGGUCCCAUUGUGGUGAUCUAGACUAGAGACCGUAACGAGUAAAGAUGCUGUUAAGACGUCAUUAUAUGGCUCAUCGUGAACAGUCUUCGGUCUCGGAUGCUGAAAAUCCGCAUGUAAAUUUUUCAAUAACUGCGAAUUUCAAAUCCAGAUAACAGAACUCACAGCGAUGAACAAUUUACCAUCAAAGUUACAAGCUCCGGUUUUGUUUCCAGUUUCUCUGUAGACAAACUCACAAACAUCAUAGUAUCAUACAUACAUUCAUUCAAUUACUCACAAGUCAGAAUGAAUAUGAUUAUUAUAUCGAAUAAUAAUAAUAAUAAAUUAUAAUAUUCGAAUUUAAUUUUGCCCGUAAGAAAAGCCAUGAAAUUAGGGCUUUCUUCCUAGCUUUCGAGAUCAUCCACAUGCAUGGUCAGAAAGAGAAAUUAUUCUCACCAUCAUUAAUUGUUUCAUAUAUAUUAUAUAUCGAUCAUACGAUAGAGGCUUUUUAAACAAAAUAAUACGAUAGAGUUAGGUAGCUUGCAUAGCUCCAAUCAUGCGACAUAACUAUACUCCUGAAAAAAAACUGAAUCAGAAGUGUUUCAUUCACAUACAAGUCCAGACAUAUAAAAUAGGUUGUAAAUGAGAUAUGUAAAAGUAAAAAAGAGUAAAAUACUGUUUAGGUGUAAUAUUUUACUUUUAAUUAUAACUUAUUUCAGUAAUUAAUUUGCACUAAAGUAUAAGUAGCGUAUGUUUUUUGUUUGAAAACCUUUAUGAGUGUAAGGAUGGAAAUGUUUUAUAAAAGAAAAAAGCACAUGAGCU